UGGGCGGUUCGACUAUGGCUCUAGAAAUAUCCCCGGUGCGCGUGCAAAUGACUAAGAUGCGUGGAUUGCCUGGGGAUCCAGAACAAUUCCAUGAGAUCUACCAGGAGCUACUACUUUCCACACUAAGUAUUUCGAGUCAAAUAAUAUCUCAAUCCCAAACUUGCAUGCUGCAACGUAUGUGGAUGCCCGAAGAUGAACCAAUGAGUAAGGAUUUUAUGAGGGUCGCCGCUGAAGAGUUCAACGAAGCAUUUCGGCACUCGUACGAAAAAGAGGCAAAGGCGAAACAGAUAUGGAUAGACAAGUGGAGAAGGAAAAAGGAAUCUGAUUUUCUUAUGCCCUGGCUGUGAAGAGGGUAGAGCAAAUAAAGUCGGCCUAAAAGAACUCUAGGCUACUAUUUAAACGUCAUGUCCUAUGUAUCUUCUCGCGUGUUUAUAGCAUACAUCCUUUCACCUUGACCAAAGAAUAUAAAUCUUAAUUAAAUUAUCGUCCUUGUCAGUAGUAGUAGGUCGAAUAUACUGCAUUCAAGAUGACAAAGGUUGAAAAAAAGACAGAGUCCUACAAAAAGGGGGAUCGGACGCAGCAGGAGAAAAUUAGAAAAAGACGUCAUAACUUGUUUAAACGCAUUAAAGAGUUCCAGGAUCGGUAUGAAAUUGAGACAUGGGUAACGAUGAGAAUGCCAACCGGUCGGAUCUACAUGUUUUCUACUAAUCCCGAUGAGCAUGCUCCCACUG